GUCUCGCCCAGUCAAAUUGCAGGCGAGAAAAACAAGCCGAUCAGCCUCUUUGGAGCCAGCGCGGCCGGACCGAGCCGGCUCUCUCUUCUCCAUUCAUGCCGGUUUCGUUUUAAUUUACAUAUUUUUUUAAUCUCUUUUUUUUAAAACAAAGGGAGAUGAAGGGACUCCUGCAGUUUUACCGGGGCCUGUGCACCCUGAGUAACCGUCAAGCCAGACGCAAAGCUUGGAUUGUCGGUUCUCGGUGCGGCUUUUGCGGAACUCAGUCUAAUAGCAAGCCACAGCCAAGCUUUGGGCUGUUGUUUGACAUUGAUGGCGUGCUUGUCCGGGGAAGGAUGCCAAUCCCCGCUGCAAAAAAGGCGUUCGAGAAGUUGCUCGACUCUCAGGGACAAUUUGUGGUGCCAGUUGUUUUUGUCACAAAUGCAGGGAAUUGCCUCCGACAAACAAAAGCGGACCAACUCUCUCACAUCCUGGGAGUACCCAUCACACAAGAUCAAGUCAUCAUGUCCCAUAGUCCCCUGAGGAUGUUUAAGAAGUUUCAUGACAAGUGUGUGCUGGUGUCAGGACAGGGACCCGUCCUGGAAAUCGCUAAAAACGUGGGCUUUAAGAACGUCAUCAGUGUUGAUAUGCUGAGGGAAUCCUUCCCACUGCUGGACAUGGUGGAUCACAAUAGGAGACCCAAACUGCCGUCCAGUCCUGUUGGCAACCUUCCUAAGGUUGAAGCCGUGGUUCUGUUCGGGGAGCCGAUUCGAUGGGAGACCAACCUGCAGCUGAUAAAUGACAUUUUGUUGACCAACGGAAACCUCAGCAGUGUUCACCAAACCCAGAAGAUGCCUCACCUCCCCCUGCUGGCCUGCAACAUGGACCUCAUGUGGAUGGCUGAGGCACAUUCUCCACGGUUUGGCCAUGGGACGUUUCUUGUAUGCCUAGAGAGCAUUUAUAAGAAGAUAACAGGCAAAGACCUGAAGUACGAGGCGCUCAUGGGGAAACCCAGCGAGCUGACUUACCACUUUGCAGAGUACCUCAUCAGAAGCCAGGCCAUGGAGAGGCAAUGGAAACUUCCUGUCACUUCCCUUUACGCUAUAGGGGAUAACCUUAUGACUGACAUCUACGGAGCCAAUCUAUACAACCGUUACCUGGAGGAGAGAGUCGCUAGAAAGAACCCCAAAGCCGUUGCUAAGAUGGUCUCCGCCACGGGUUCCACCACUGCGGUGCCCCAGGAGGAGGAGAGCGACAAUCUGUGGGAGAGCGAGCUGGCGCUGCCCUCUGCCACUUCCUGUAAGUCUCUCCUCGUCUGCACAGGGGUCUACAACCCCAACGUUGAGGUGCCGUCCGAUGCGAGUCACUGCAUCAAAGAGACCGUGUUCCACGGGCACCGGGACUUCAGGUUCGACCCGGCGCUGGUGGAGCCGGACCACAUUGUGCAGGACGUGGCGGAAGCUGUCGACCGCAUCUUUGAGCAGGAGAAGUUUGUGCCUCAGAAGAGUUGAGCCGACAGUGGUACUAUAGAGGCGGGGGGAGGUGGAGCAUUAAACUGGCUACACCACUUAAUGUAUACACCUGUAGGAGCCGAACACUGUGGACAUUGUUUCACCACCCGGCAGGGCUUUGACAAAAAUAUGUGUCAUCUUCUAAACUUUCAACAUCGAGACAAACUUUAGAGAAUCAUGUAACUGUUACUGUCAACCGCUCUUUUCUAUUGUUUUUGUGAUCGUCUUUAAUUACCUGUUUUGAGACAUUUAAGGAACUGCCUUAUUUGACCCUACUAAGUAUUUUUUUAGAUGAUAGUAACGUUUUAGAUAAUUACAAAUCCUGAAAUCAUCAUAUAUUUAUUACAAGAAUUUACCAGUGUUUUUAAGAAGCAUAUUCAGAUAACGGUUGCCCUUUAUUCUCAAGGUGACUUUUUAUUAUUGCAUUUUGUUUACUCAUUUAUCCUGGAGAAUCUAUGCAUGAAUAUGAGAGUAAUACUUGUACUGUAAAAACAACAGUGUGAUGUGCAGUAGGCCUGUCGUCCUCUAAUUGUACUGUCUGUCUGCAUUCUGUCUAGUUGUGAGAGCCUUGACCAGUAUUUGCACAGACCAGAGACUUUCAUCUUUGUUAAAUGUUACCAUAUCUUCCUGCCAUAACCUGUUUAUUGUAAUGUAGGAAUUUCCUUUUUAUGCUUUAAUAUUUUAAUUCCAGAAGGAAAAGAUAUCUAGACAUUUAUUUAGAUACAAGUAAAAUUCCAAACAAAAAAAACGUUUACUGCUCCAUACUUGAUCAUUUGUAGUGUUUCGCUCGUUGUGAAUACUUCAACGUAAGAAAAUACAAGGAAUACUUACACGUUU